CCUCCGACCCUGAGCCCAGCGCGACCACGACCACCGGCAUGCAGGGAGAAGAGAGUCUCCGGAUCCUGGUGCCGACUGAGGGUGAGAGCCUUCCGCUGAUGGACAUCAAUACUUGCGAGACCGAGGCCCCUGAGCUGUGGGACUAUGUGUUUGUGGUCGAUCGUCGCACCCAGAGAAACCCCGGGCAGGUCCAGCGGCAGCGGCGGUUCCUGGAAGAGCUUGAGAACCAGGGCUUUCGCUACAAGGCAAUGGAGGACCAGGAGAAGGAGUUCUUCGGGAUCCGAGCUGACAAUAGCAUCUUUGACCGGUACUGGAGACUUACGGAGCCCGAGGACACUGUCCCCAGAGGGGAGCUGUCCAGGCCAACUUACAUCCAAGCCACCAACAGAAUCCGAAUUGUCGACUUUGUCCUGAACAGCAAGACGGCAGCGGGUGACACGCUCCAGGAUUUGGUGAAGGAUGGGGUCUUUGAGGCUGGGUUCCCCCUGCACGAGGGGGAGGCGCACCUAAAGAAGACAUGGGCCCGGUGGAGAAGCAUGUUCCAAAGGCAGCCAAUUAGUGACAUCAGGGACUACUUUGGAGAGAAAGUGGCCCUGUACUUCGCCUGGCUCGGCUGGUACACUUACAUGCUGGUGCCCGCCGCAGUGGUGGGCCUCAUCGUCUUCCUGAGCGGGUUUUCCCGAUUCGAAGCCAGCCAGAUAAGCAAGGAGAUCUGCAAGGCCCACGACAUCUACAUGUGCCCUCGAGGCGACCACAACCGCAGGUUCCAGCGGCUCUCAGACACCUGCGCCUAUGCCAAGCUCACCCACCUCUUCGACAACGAGGGCACCGUGCUGUUCGCCAUCUUCAUGGCGCUGUGGGCCACCGUGUUCCUGGAGCUAUGGAAGCGGGAGCGAGCCCAAGUGGUCCUUCAGUGGGAGCUGUACGGGUGGGACGAGGACCAGGAGGAAAUGGCUCUGGGGCUCAUCACCUGCCCGGACUACCAGCCGCCACUGCACCAGCACUCCUACCUGCGGAGCACCGUCAUCCUUCUCCUGUCCCUCCUGAUGAUCUGCCUCAUGAUUGGCAUGGCCCACGUCCUGGUGGUCUACCGAGUGCUGGCUGCCGCCCUCUUCAGCUCGGCCUUGCCCUUCCUGGGGGAGCAGGUGACCACGGCUGUGGUGGUGAGCGGGGCCCUGGUUCAGUAUGUGACCAUCAUCCUCAUGACCAAGAUCAACAAAUAUGUGGCCCUGAAGCUUUGUGACUUUGAGAAGCCCAGGACCUUUUCAGAGCGAGAGAGCAAGUUCACUGUCAAGUUCUUCACCCUGCAGUUCUUUGCUCACUUCUCCUCCCUGAUCUACAUCGCCUUCAUCCUGGGCAGGAUCAACGGUCACCCCGGGAAGACGGUGCGCCUGGCGGGGCUGUGGAAGCUGGAGGAGUGCCACCUCAGCGGCUGCAUGAUGGACCUGUUCGUGCAGAUGGCCGUCAUCAUGGGGCUGAAGCAAACGCUCAGCAACUGCGUGGAGUAUCUGAAGCCGUGGCUGGCGCACAAGUAUCGCUCCUUGCGGGCCCGGUCUCAGGACCCCGAUCUGGGCCACUGGCAGCGCAACUAUCGCCUGAACCCAGUCUACACCUUCAGCCUGUUCAACGAGUUCAUGGAGAUGAUGAUCCAGUACGGAUUCACCACCAUCUUCGUGGCUGCCUUCCCGCUCGCCCCGCUGCUCGCGCUCCUCAGCAACCUCGUGGAGAUCCGCCUGGACGCCAUCAAGAUGGUGCGGCUGCAGCGGCGCCUGGUGCCACGCAAGGCCAAGGACAUCGGGGCCUGGCUGCAGGUGCUGGAGAUCAUCGGUGUGCUGGCGGUCAUCGCCAACGGGAUGGUCAUCGCCUUCACGUCCGAGUUCAUCCCCCGCACGGUGUACAAGCACCACUACGGCCCCUGCCGGAGAGGUGCCCAGUCUGAAGUCGACUGCUUCACCGGCUAUGUCAACCACAGUCUGUCUGUGUUCUACACCAAAGACUUCCAGGACCCUGCCAAAAUCGAGGGCUGGGAGAACGUGACCGAGUGCAGGUACCGGGACUAUUUCUCUGCCCAGGACUCCAGCUUCUCAGAGCAGCACUGGUUCCUCCUGGCGAUCCGCCUGGCCUUCCUCAUCCUCUUCGAGCACGUGGCCUUAUGCAUCAAGCUCAUUGCGGCCUGGUUCGUACCCGAUGUCCCACAGUCCGUGAAGAAUGAAGUCCUGAAGAAGAAGUACCAGAGACUGGGGCAAAAAAAGCUGCAGCCCCAAGAGCACGGACGUGUAGGGGACCCGGCGCAGGUGGUGCCCGGAGGCCCACGACUCAGGAGCUGCCACACCACCUCCCACCCCAGCCUGGCUGGCUGUGUGUGGGGAGCUUUAAGAAGACCCGAGUGCGUGUGGGGGCCCUGGGGGCCCGUGUGUGUUUGGGGUGUCUGUGGACUGCACCCUUGUCCGUGGUCUGCGAGGCCUGCUCCAUGCGUUCGGGCUCAGGCUUGGCACUGUGACUUGAACUCUCAGGGACUCCUGCCAGCCCUAGAAGGGGAGGGCGGGCAGCGGCAGAGGCUCCUGCGCAGCCACAGUGCAGGGGGCCGCCCUCUCACUUCUGGGCCCCAGAUCUUGCCCCACCCCCUGGCUCCCUUCAACCAGCAGAAUUUUCUGUAA